CAUGUUGGCCGCCAGAGUGUUCCAUCGAGUGGUCUUGUUUACCCGCUCAGCUGAUGGACGUGAUGGCCCCCAGGCGUCACCCAGGAGGCCCCCGCUGACGCCCCGCCACACCCAUCACCGUGUUGCCUCCCCCGUGUGUCACCAAGGGGGUUCAUGGCAGAGGGUGAGGAGUGACGUGAGGGAGACAGGGUGAGCAAUGAAUACAAAUGUCGGGGAACCAUAUGACAUUGUGUCCAUAAACAAAGCUCUCGAUGAUUUGGGUAUGUUAAGCACCUCCACAAAUAGCCGAAAAGAAUACCUUCAGGAGUAUCUUAUGGCUGGAAUGGAGAAGCUCAACAUGGAUCAGCCUGGACCCUCCACAUCUCGAUGGGACACCCAGAAGAGCCCAGGCUCCUCUCACUCAACUGAGAAAGAGAACACCAACAUUGGGGGCUUCCAGAUACUGAAGAUGAACUCUGCCUUCAUCACCAGCUUCACAGCUGGUUAUGAGCUGCCCUGCCAAGGAUUAAGAGAGCGCUUCACAAAGCGUGUUCACAAAUGCUGCUAUAUCAAGAGGAGACGACUCCGAACGCACCCAUAUGAUAACAGCAACAGCUCAGUUAUCACCAGCACCAAUAGCUCCUCUGGCUACUCCAGUGGGGCAUAUAGACUGAGGACCACCAGUUUAAGCAGUGGAACUAGUAAAAACAAAAGUAGUGGAAGCUGCAAUAAUGCUGUCUCCAUUGGUAGUAGUAGCUGUAGUAAUAAUGGUAGUAGUAGUUGCAGCAAUAGUACAAAGCCAGUUUUGGUUAGGUCCAGAAGUAUGGAAAAUUUGUCUGCUUCAAUGGGUGAGGGUUUGAUCAUAAGUCCUAAGCCAAAAGAAUUGGAAACUGUAUCAAAGGGUAUUCAGCAGCUGAAAAUGGAUGACUGUACCUGAGUAGCUAUUUACCUGACUCUGCUUCACCUAUUCAACCACACCUAACACUAUGUUUACUGAUUUUAUUCUGUUAUUACAUGUAAUCAUUAAUCUUUAUAGAAAGGUAACCAGUUAGGUUAUAUUUUGUCUCAUAAGUAGUGGCUUCACUUUUGAAUACAACAGCAAUCCCAAAUAAGUACAUACUUUGUAUAGGCUUGAAUGACUGAAGAAUACAAUAAUAGCACUUUACCAUAACUCUGUUAUAAAUGUUUGUAUGCAUGUGCAGUACACAUGUAGUUUCAUAAUUUUAUUGUUACACAAAGUAAGACCACUCUGCUUUUGUGAACUGACAAACACCAGAUCUGCUAGCCAAAGUAUUCAUAUGAGAAAAAAACUUAUUUAGUUUAAUUUUCUUGUUGCUUGUUAAAAAAAUUAUUUAUAUGCAUUUUAUGUUAAUUAUUACUUUUGACUGUGAUGUAUUGUUAUUUAACACAAUAGAAGAUUUCAUUUUAUUGCAGCAUAGCUAACAGAUUGCUGCAAUAAUAUCACUGAGUAUAAAUGAAUUGUUGUUACCAGUCAUACUAAAUGCAAUUUAAUCGUGAGAAAUAUUGAGCUUGUUCUUGAAUAUGCAAGACAUCAACCCAUAGGUGUCUAACACCCUUUUAUUUCUAUUAUUGACUGAUAGUUUUGCAACUUACCUUCCAAGAUAUUCUUAAUACAAUAAAGCAAAACACUUCAGUUGUUGCUAUAUUAGAAACCUCUGUUUGUCAAAGGUCAGCUCUCUAAGUGUGUCAGGUCAAUCACUGACCCUCUGUGCUCAUGCCCCAAGAGCACCUACUUAAGGAAGUCCACAUAGUUCUCUUCAGGUCUGUCUUAGUUGUGACAAGCACUUGAGGGCAGCAUGCUCCACCUCACUUCUUUUUACUUCAUAUAUGCUUGUCUAAACUGCAAGUAGUUGAUGUGUUGUUAAAGCAGUUGGUGUGUCUGACUUUGAAAAAACAGACAUUUAUUUUAACAGCUGGAAAAGCCCAACUUAAUAUGGAUUUUAGUGACAAAUUGUUAUUUUUUAAAUUGAUGUGGCAUGCAUUAAGUCAUGCAAAUGAAAAAAAUUGGAAAUCUGAUGUGAUUAAACAAUUCAUAAAUACGGCCGUCCAAUAUAAACUUAGAGUGUGAGUAUGUCUCAAGUCUGUUAACCACAUUGGAAUGAAAAAAGGCAAUUAAAUUGGUUAAAACUA